CGAAUCCAUGUCCAUCUCUGAGGCUGCAGAAGCGGUGGAGGAUAUCUCUGUUGAUUGGAGAGGCAGACCCUGCUGUAAGCCAACCAAACAUGGUGGAAUGAAGGCUGCUGUUUUUGUCCUAGGUCUCCAAGGUUUUGAGAUGAUGGCAAUAGCAGCUGUUGGGAACAAUCUCAUCACCUAUGUACUAAAUGAGAUGCACUUUCCUCUGUCAAAGUCUGCCAACAUAGUCACCAACUUUAUAGGGACAGUCUUCCUCCUCUCCCUCUUUGGUGGGUUCCUAUCAGAUUCUUAUCUUGGGAGCUUCUGGACCAUGCUCAUCUUUGGCUUUGUGGAGCUUUCUGGUUUCAUACUACUCUCGGUUCAAGCCCAUCUCCCCCAACUAAGGCCUCCCUCCUGCAAGGUUAUGUCGUCCGAGUACUGUCAGGAAGCAAAGGGAUACAAGGCUCUCAUAUUCUUUGCUGCAAUUUACUUGGUAGCCUUAGGAAGUGGUUGUCUAAAACCAAACAUAAUCUCUCAUGGAGCUGACCAGUUCAGGAAGGAGGAUUCCAAGCAAUCCAAGAAGUUAUCGACUUACUUCAAUUGCGCAUACUUUUCCUUCUGCAUGGGAGAACUCAUUGCAUUAACAGUCCUUGUUUGGGUCCAAACACACUCCGGCAUGGAUGUUGGAUUUGGAGUCUCUGCUGCUGCGAUGACACUCGGACUAAUUAGCCUGGUGUCCGGUACGUCUAUGUAUCGGAACAAACCACCUCGCGGAAGCAUUUUCACUCCCAUUGCUCAAGUUUUCGUUGCUGCAUUUACAAAGAGAAAGCAAAUAUGCCCUUCAAAUACAGAAAUGCUUCAUGGAAACCGAAACAAUGUGCCAAACCACCUCUUUGUCACCAUGUCGCCUAACGUCACCACUCUCCUCCACACCGAAAAGUUCAGAUUUCUGGACAAGGCAUGCAUCAAAACAGAAGAUGGAACUGAGAGGACCGAAAGUCCAUGGAGAUUAUGCACCGUGUCUCAGGUGGAGCAAGUCAAAAUAAUUAUCUCAGUUGUGCCCAUUUUCGCCUGUACCAUCAUCUUCAACACAAUUUUGGCUCAACUCCAAACAUUUUCAGUCCAACAAGGAAGCACAAUGAACGCAAGGAUCACAGGAAGCUUCAAAAUCCCCCCAGCUUCACUCCAAGCCAUCCCUUACAUCAUGCUAAUCUUUCUAGUCCCUCUAUACGAAACAGUCUUCGUACCCACUGCUCGGAAAGUCACCGGAAGGGACUCUGGGAUUUCUCCUUUACAAAGAGUUGGCACUGGCCUUUUUAUUGCCACCUUUUCAAUGGUUUCAGCUGCAGUUAUUGAGAGAAAGAGAAGAAACUCGGCUGAAGCUCUUUCGAUCUUUUGGAUUGCUCCACAGUUUCUCAUCUUCGGACUCUCAGAGAUGUUCACUGCAGUAGGGCUUAUAGAGUUCUUCUACAAGCAGUCAUUGGAAGGAAUGCAAUCAUUUCUGACUGCCAUGACAUACUGCUCGUACUCAUUUGGCUUCUAUUUGAGCUCGCUCCUUGUUUCUCUUGUGAACAAAGUGACCUCAACUUCUUCGAGGGGAGGGUGGCUCAGCGACAAUGAUCUCAACAAGGAUAAGCUGGACCGUUUCUAUUGGCUGCUGGCUGCUCUCAGCCUCAUCAACUUCUUCAAUUAUCUCUUCUGGUCAAAUUGGUAUCGUUACAACCCCUCUUUAUUAGCACCGGCCACUAAUACUACUAAUUCACCCCAUCAAGCUGAAGAUGGAAAAGUAGUCGACUUGGAAAAUAACAUGCAGCAGCAGCAGCAGCAACUUCAAGUAUCCUUCAAGCCAUAUUGAAGAAGCUUCUC